AUGCGAGAUCGCCGACACAUUUCUCGUUCACGAUCAAGGAGUCUCUCACAGCCUAGGUCACGAGACCGCCAGUCGCCGACCGGAAAUACGUCGGGUGACUACAAGAGGGGAGACAAAGGUUCGACUUCAGAACAAUCCAUGUCACUAAGGGGGGAUCGGGAUUCUGGAAGAGAGCAGAGGAGAUUUCGAGAAGAAACCAAAGAAAAUGGCGAUGCGAGAAGCCCUGAUCACGGUAGAAGCAGACGUCAGCCUUUCCGGUCUCCCGCAGAUGGACGUCGCCGGCGACGUCCUGCGUCUGGGAGCCAAAAUUCGCGGGAUGAAGAUCAGAAUGAAUAG